UUCCUCUUUAUGACAGCAGCUUCAAACAGACAGGGAAGUAUUUUAUCUUAACGGCCGAUUUGAGCUCAAAAUAGUCUCCCUUUGAUUCGGAGCUGCACAUUUAAAUAGCAUCGAACAUGUCGAAGAACACAGUGUCGGCACGCUUUCGGCGAGUAGACGUGGAUGAAUACGACGAGAACAAAUUUGUGGACGAAGAGGAUGGAGGAGAAAAUCAGCUGGGUCCUGACGAGACGGAAGUAGACGCCCUUAUCAGACAAUAUCCUUUACAUGACAUUAGAUUAUUUCAUUUUGUCCGCUUUUUUUUUGCUCUGGCCGCCGGAGGAGUGGGCAGCAUUGUCAGGGUACUAACGGCGAGGAAAACGGUGUAAAAGCAGAGAUCAAACACGCCGCACUGUUCACGUCCCAGAGGGCAUCGCAGCUCAACAGAACACCAGAUUUUAGUUUUACUCACUCAGGUGCUGAUUUUCGUGAGACGUAAACAUGGGACUUGAAAAGUGGGUUAAAAACAGUUUUUCUUUAUUUCUUCCAUUUCAGUUUUCACAGCCCAAACCACAGUCCUCACAGGGUGCUAAAAUACCUUCCUACUACAUCCAUUAGCUGAUCCCUCUGAGAUCAGCGGUCCCUCUAAUGUUUACGCUCUACUUUAGAGAAGAAACACUGGUGGGAAUUCUGCACCAACCAGUAAUCAGUAAUCUCAGUUUUUGGUUCCCAUUAUGUUACUUUAGCAUCAGAGACCCCUAAGUGGGG